CAUCACUCAACUUCACAGAGUAAUAUCUAGGUACCUACUAAACAAACACCAACACAAAGAGCCUUUACACAAACAAACCGGGCCGACUAUCCAUAUUAGAUUCAUCACUGCCUCAAGCGAAACAAAGAGUUAAUCAGCUACCUGUACCUUCCGGCAAACCACUCAAAAUAAAAGAGGCACCUUCUCUCACAAUGCCGCACGCAACUUCCAACCCCUCUUCACCAAGAAUGUUCAGCCGUAUCAAGGAUAAAUUCUCCACAAAGAAGUCCACGAGAGACUUGAAGACACAUUACAACGAAAUCAACAUGGGUAACUCAAACACAACUCCCGGGGGCUACCCCAGCAAUAAUAAUCCCUUCCUCGAUCUCCCCAAUGAGGCACCUCCUGCUUAUGAACCAUUUACCAAGUCCUCUAAUCUCGACAUGCCCCGUCGAGCUGCUUCUCCAGCACCCAGUAUCUCUAGCGUAAUAAGCGCAGAGGACAAGUAUGCCUUCCUUUCAACCUUUGAUACCGUCUUUAUCAUCGACGAUUCUGGUUCCAUGGCCGGCCGAUCGUGGAGAGAAGUCCGCGAAGCACUUAGUGCCAUCGCACCAAUCUGUACAUCUCAUGAUCCUGACGGUAUCGACGUCUACUUUCUGAAUCACCGAUCAAAUGCCGUUGGAUCUGGCACCCAAGCCCCUGGAGGAUACUACAACAUCCGCGACGCCAGGCAAGUCGAGCACCUCUUCAAAUCUGUUCGACCCUGCGGUUCCACACCUACCGGAGCUCGUCUGCACAGUAUUCUCAAGCCCUACGUCUCGCACAUCGCUCGCCGCGCUGAGAACAUCGACUCGACCAAGCCGGUCAACAUCAUCAUGAUCACCGACGGAUGUCCCACAGAUGACCCAGAGAGCAUCAUUGUGCACUACGCCAGGAAGCUCGACCAGAUCGAGGCGCCUCCUCACCAGGUUGGGAUCCAGUUCUUCCAGGUCGGAAACGAGCUUGGCGCAACAAAGGCGCUCCGCGAACUGGACGAUGAUCUUUCAGGGCAGGGUAUCCGUGAUAUGGUUGACACAGCCACAUGGAACUCUACUACUGUGAUCAACAGUCAGACUUUGACUGCAGAGGGUAUUCUCAAGGUUGUUCUUGGUGCGGUUGUGCGACGACUCGAUCGUCGGUCUACUCACGGCACUCCCCAGGGCCGCGCUCAUUAAGGUUUCUAUUCGUAGUGACACGGCUCUUUGAUGCAGGAGCGUGGUUUCUUUCUUCUGUCGUAUCUAUUACAAUGGGGUGGUGUGUUGUUUUCAGUUGAUACCAGGGGAGUACUGGAACUUAGAGGUUUAGAUAACAAUCCAGGUUUACAGUACUGGAAUCAUUCUCUCACGAGAUUCUAAUAACAUACUUCACUUUACUUCACUGCC